AUGGGCUCAGAGAAGGACUCGGACUCCCCCCACUCCUCAGUGAGUGCUGUCCCAAACCCCAAAUGUAAACGUCAGGGCCGGAUCUCAUUCCACAGCCUGUUCCACAGUAAACGCUCUCGGGGCCGAGCUCCUAAAGGGGCCCCCGCGGCCCCUGUGCCUCUGCUGCCCUCUGCCCUGGCCUCUCCACAGGAGCCUGCCUCAGUGCCCUCUCCCUCAGUGCAGGACUCUGGUCUGUGUAGCCUUCCGCCUCAGUGUGAGCCUCCGGUCUGUGAGCCUCAGUCUGAGUCUGAGUCUCUGCUGGAGUGCCCCCUGUGCCUGGUGAAGCAGCCUCCAGAGCAGAUGCCUGAGCUGCUGGGCUGCAGCCACCGCUCGUGCCUCUGUUGCCUGCGGCAGUAUCUCCGCAUCGAGAUCACCGAGAGCCGUGUGCAGCUCAGCUGCCCCGAGUGCUCCGAGCGCCUGCUCCCGCGGCAGGUGGCCGACAUCCUGGAUGACGCCGUCCUCCUGGACAAGUACGAGGAGUUUCUGCUGCGAAGGUGCCUCGCCUCGGACCCCGACUGCCGCUGGUGCCCUGCUCCAGACUGCGGGUGA